UGACAGUUGUUUGCGUCGUGUCGUUGUGUGUCGAGAAAAGUACCGAAAGCCGAUUCGGCGGACAAUUUUCUAUUGCUUAAAGUACUUGUUUGGUCUGCUGAACAACUAUCAAAUAGUUCACCUGGCCGCAACAGCACGGCCCUAACUUCGGCUUCCAGCGACAGUGAUUGAUAAACACAUCCAAAAUGCAUACUGUAAUGACCCGUGGUAACGCUAUCCUUGCGUACUCCCUGAGCGUCCUUUCGGUCCUUACGUUCUGCUGUUUUGCCUCCACGUUCUUCUACGACUAUCGCACGGAUGCUAAAAUCAACACGGUCAAGGUGCUGGUUAAAAAUGUACCCGACUUCAGUGCUUCGCGGGAGAAGAAUGAUCUCGGUUUCAUCACGUUCGAUCUCGGGACCGAUCUGAACCCCUUGUUCAACUGGAAUGUGAAGCAGUUGUUCCUGUAUCUCACUGCCGAGUACACUACGGAGCAGAACGCACUGAAUCAGGUUGUGCUGUGGGAUAAGAUUAUCCUUCGGGGCGAGAAUGCGAAUCUGGACUUUAAGAACAUGAACACAAAGUACUACUUCUGGGACGAUGGAAACGGUUUGAAGGGACACCAAAACAUAACGCUCACCCUGUCGUGGAACAUCAUCCCUAACGCGGGGCUGCUACCGAGCGUGUUUGCCCACGGCCAGCAUUCGUUUAAGUUUCCCGAAGCCUACAUCGCGUCACCCGUCUAGUCGUCGAACGGACGCCUGCCGGCUGAGCGAAUACUUGCAGCGGCAGCAGGAGGAAGAACGAGAAACGGAAGAGCUAAUCCAGCUCAUACCAUCAUCAACUAGCUCGAUUGUAUUAUCCAUCUUUAACAUUUUUCAGUGCGAACGUUAAAAAAGGAUGGAAAACAAACUCUAGCACGCGAAAGACGCCGUACCGUUCCAAUCUCAAUUGGGUCCGAUCGCAAGGCUGUUCACUUUGGUACAACUUUGGGCAAAGCAAAUAAAACACACACUAGGAAAAUUAUGUCUUGGCGGAUAGUUGCUUUCAAACGGAUAGUGGCGUAGAUUCAAUGCAUUACCGGAUUACCAUGCUUUGAAACGAUCGUUUCAGACGACGUGACUUUCCGCACGAAUCGAAAACAUUGAUUUUGAAAUAC